GGGGACGCGGCGGAAAACCUGCGCGCUGUACUCCACACACUCGCCCGCGACGGACCGCGCUCCGCCGUAGCUCACUCUGCGCCCGAGUCAACCAGCUCGCGAGGACCCGCAGGCGGAUAGCGCAGGCACACACACUGGAGCAGGAUGGACGCGGAGUCGUCGAUGCCGGCGCAGGAGGGCGCGCCAGACGAGGGCGCGCUGCAGCUCGUGAAGAACGAGUCGCGUGACGAGCCACCGCCCGCCGAGCCGCGCGCAGAGCUGCGCGGCGAGACACCGGUGGGCGGCGAGCCGCCGCCGCCCAGCGUGAUCCAGUCGCGGCGCGCGCUGCGCACCAUCACGGCGGCCGGGCACAUCACGGAGGGCGAGGAGCUGCCCGACGACGGCGUCAAGGACGAGCCGCCGGAGCCGCCGCCACUGGAGGACGCGCCCUACAAGCAGGAGGACGAGCGCCACCACCACUACGACGAGGAGCGGCUGCGGCUGGCGGACGCGGACGCGGCGCGCUACCUGGCCUUCAGCCGCGGCGCCGCGCCCGGCGGGCCCGCGCCGCGCGGCGCCGCGCCGCAGUACCGCGGCCGGCCGCCCUACCCGCGCGGCCUGGCGCUGCGCUACGGCGCCGCGCCGCACCACGUCAUCGUGGCGGCCGAGCCCGACGCGGAGGACGCGGCCCCCGACACGCUGCAGUACGGCGGCGGCGACGACGCGCGCUACUCCGCCGUGCUGGCCGACCAGGCGGCCGGCGCGCUCGAGAUGAUACAAACCACCGCGCUCAGCAACCAGCAGGCCGUCGGCGUCGCUUACCAGCAGGUGAAAUACGAGUCGCGGGGUGAGAGUGAGGCGCGCGCGGGCACGUACGCGAGCCUGCAGCCGGUGACGUCGGUGCACGGCGGGUACGCGUACUCGAGCGGCAGCCCCGUGUACGGCGGCGCGGCCGGCGCCUACCAGUACGGCGCCGGCAAGGAGCUGCUGACGCUGUACGGCGGGGGCGGGGGCGGGGGCGGCGGCGGCGGCGGGGGCGGCGGGGCGCGGGAGGGCGAGUCGCCCCCCGGCCAGCUGCUGUACCGCUCCGACCCCACGCUGUCGUCGUCGUCGCUGCCGGCGCGCUCGCACGUCGUGUACGGCUCCGUCGUGCCGCAGUCGCAGGCCAUCUACGAGGCGCCACCCAGCCCCAACUCACAACAAGUGACGCUGUACACGCACGGCAACGCAGUGCAGUACAAGGUGGGCUCCGUGGGCGGUGUGGGUGGCGUGGGCUCUGUGGGCGGUGUGGGCGAACACUACCUGGGCGGCGGCGGCGUGGAGUACGUGCCGGUGUCGGGCUACGAGGCGGGGCUGCUAGUGGAGGGAUACGCGGCGCCCGCGCAGGCCUGGGCGCCGCACAACCUGCUGCCCAUCGACGACCAGUUCGACCCCAACAUGGCGGGCAUGGGCGAGGUGAAGGAGUGCGUGAACUGCGCGGCGGCGACGACGCCGCUGUGGCGCCGCGACGGCACCGGCCACUACCUGUGCAACGCGUGCGGCCUCUACACGCGCAUCAACGGCGUCAACCGCCCGCCGCUCAAGGGGCAGAAGGCCAAGCCGCAGCAGGCCCUGCCGACGAACGGCAACCGGCGCGUGGGCGUGACGUGCGCCAACUGCCGCACCUCCAACACGACGCUGUGGCGCCGCAACAACAACGGCGAGCCCGUCUGCAACGCGUGCGGCCUCUACUACAAGCUGCACAACGUGAACCGGCCGCUGAGCAUGAAGAAGGACGGCAUCCAGACGCGCAAGCGCAAGCCCAAGAGCAUGGGCGGCGCACACAGCGGGCCCGCACGGCCGCCGGCGCCGCUCGCCGGGUACCCGCGCUAGAGCCGACGCGGGCGCAGAUUCCAGCCGCCGUGCCAUCAACCUGCUUACAGGGUGGGCAGGCCGAUACUUGCCAGUUACAUCUAGUUCAAUGAACCCGUACCAAAGUGCCGUGAGACAUUAAAUUGCCCCAGUGUCGUUCAGGGACCAAGUACACUAUAUAACUGAUCGCGAACGAAUUUAUUAAGUUAGUGAAUUUGUUGUAUCACGCGUGUGCCAAAGAUUGUAUGUUUGUGUGCAAGACUGAUGGAAUUAUGAGUGCGUUUGUAUGUGUGUGUGUGUGUCGAGCGACUUGUACAGGCCUCUACUAUUUAUAUUAAUUCCAUAGAAAUAAGUGUAAGUAAUUACAUUAAGGAGAAUUUAUUUGUAUAAAUGAAAGAUUAUAAAAUAUAAUUACGACAAAAUAAAUAAAUC